AUGAAAAAAUUCUCUCCGAGAACAAAUCCAUCAAGAAAUAACUGCCGAACAGGAUUAGGCACAAUAGAAAAUCAGAAGAAGCAAAGGAGGCCUAUAAAAGGGAGCCAACUCAGGACUACGGUGAAGGCAAAUACCAAAGAAGCAUCAGGCAGGAACUGGGGUCAGCCUGAGGAGUAUAGUGAAAAUAGAGGAGGACAACGAAAGGAAUUAUCGACCAGGUUGGAAUCAACUAAGAAGAAAAUCAGGUUACUCAAGGGCGAGAAUAAAGGAAGUCUAGCUAACCGCACAAGCUUAGGACAAGCAGCCCACAAAGGAAAUCUCCCACCAGCAUCCGACACCAAAUCUAAGGAAGCCUAUGGGGAUAGAAAAGAUAGCAAAGAACAAAUGAGAAGAGGAAUCCUCUCAAGGAUGGAUCAAUCCUGA